GGCUCUCUCUUUCUGGACAAUAUAUCCGCUGUCUGACUCCCUGUUACAAUCCUUCUUUCUUUACUGGUUUUCUCGUCCUUUUCCCCAUUCUCCUCCGUCGUCUUCAUUUCUUCCGCAAAAACCCAGAUCGAAACUUCAGAGUUGGAGAUAGAGAGAGAGAGAAGAAAGGGCGUAUUUGAUGUGACGGAGUUGUGAGAGAAAGCCCUAUCUUCUCUCUUUUCUGUGAACCUCUUCGGCUCCAUCUAACCGAAUUGAUCGGAAACUGAGAAGGAUUUCGUUGAUUUGAGAGGUGGGUUUUUCUCGUAUGGUCUUGAUUCUUUCUGGGUGUUCUUUGAAUCGAUGGUUUCUACUGAAUAUAGUGGGGGUUUUCUGACUUGUUUCUCGUCUUCUUGUUUUGGGAUAGAGAAUCAAUAAUGGCGGGAUCAGACGAGAACAAUAACCCGGGUGUGAUUGGACCCGCCCCGACUAUGCAAGUGGGUCUGCGGGCCGGAGUCGGGAAAUUGCCGCUGGUGGCCGCUGCCGGAGGGAAUCGUCGAGCGUUGAGUGCUAUCAAUCGGAAUAUAGUUGGAGCUCCGACUUACCCUCCUGUUAAGCAAUGUGAUAACAAGAAUCAACCUGUUCAUCGUCCAAUCACUAGGAGAUUUGCUGCACAAAUUGCCACAAAGCAAGACCCUAAGCCACAAGUGGAAUCGAAGAAUGAAUCACAAGACAUUGCAAUCACUGAUGCAGAAGAAGACUUCUCCUUCUCUGAACCAAUGUUUGUACAACACACCGAAGCAAUGCUGGAAGACAUUGACAGAAUGGAAGUGGAAAUGGAAGAUGUUGCUUCUGAAGAAGAAGGACAAGACUCAAUUGUAGAUAUAGAUGGUUGUGAUGAGAACAACCCACUUGCUGUGACUGAAUACAUUGACGAUCUGUACACAUUCUACAGGAAAUCUGAGGUUACUAGUGCCGUCUCACCAAACUACAUGGCUAACCAAUUCGAUAUCAAUGAAAGGAUGAGAGGCAUUCUGAUUGACUGGUUGAUUGAGGUCCACUACAAGUUUGAGUUGAUGGAUGAAACACUUUAUCUUACUGUGAAUCUCAUUGAUAGAUUCUUAGCUGUCCAUUCUCUUGUGAGGAAGAAACUCCAGCUGGUUGGAGUUACAGCCAUGCUUCUUGCUUGCAAAUAUGAAGAAGUUUCUGUGCCUGUUGUUGACGAUCUCAUCCUAAUUUCUGACAAGGCAUACAGUAGAAAAGAAGUUCUUGACAUGGAGAAGUUAAUUGUGCAUGCGUUGCAGUUCAAUAUGUCAGUCCCAACUCCAUAUGUUUUCAUGAAGAGAUUUCUUAAAGCUGCCCAAUCUGACAAGAAGCUUGAGCUUCUAUCGUUCUUUCUGAUCGAGCUGUGCUUAGUGGAGUAUGAAAUGCUGAAAUACCCACCUUCAUUGAUGUCUGCUGCUGCAAUCUACACAGCACAGUGCUGCCUCUAUGGCUCUAGCCAGUGGAACAAGACUCAUGAGUGGUACAGUAGCUACUCGGAAGAUCAACUUCUGGAAUGCUCAAGACUGAUUGUGGGAUUUCAUCAGAAUUCUGGGAAAGGGAAGCUAACUGGUGUCCACAGAAAGUACAGUACUUCGAAGUUUGGAUUUGCUACAAGAACUCAACCUGCUAGCUUCCUACUACUCCUGUAGCAGAAAGGCUGAUUCUGAGUAGAUGCUUUGACUGUGAUUCAUUUGAUGAUGAAACCUGCAACUGAAGUUGGGGGAGGAAGUAACAAAUUGACAUGAUCAGCAACUGAAGUUGCCUUUUGAAGAGAACUCUACUCUCUUCUUGUUCUCUCUUGAAUCCAUUUUGCAGUUUCUUCGCUGAACCUAGUAAAAGUAAUCUGUUUGACCCUUAGGUCGGUCAAGUUGUAAUGGUAAGUGGAUAUGUGACGGAACAAACAAAAACACAUAGCAGCAGCCAGGAGUCUGUUGUUCUUACUUUACUCUUUCUCUUCAAGAGUGUGGUGGAAAUAAUAACAUAGAUAGUUUGGAUUCAAAGUAUUUCAGAGUUUCAAGUGUGUGCAUUCCUUUCUUCUGAGUCACUCCACCACUAAAGUCAAAAUCUUUUUACAUUUACCUGUUCAUUUCACAUGUCGAUCUCCUAGUAUACUAUUGGGACUUAGGUCGUGUGCAGGAGGAAAAUUUUGCUUGAAAAGUUUAAAGGAACAUGGGAUGCAGUUCACUGCAAAUGCAAUGCCUCUUGUUAUGUGGUGAAAAUGGGACUAUAAAAUCUACAACCUGAUGAAAUGUCAACAACUGUUGGUUUGACAAGUAAGCAAGUGGACAACUUUCACGGAAGAUUGUCUUUCACUUGGAAAAUGAAAUGGACCGACUGAUGAUUUUGUUUUUAUAGCAUUGUGGUACACGAAAAAUCACUUGGUAUGAGUAAGUUGUUGAUUACGUAAAUAAGUUCAAAAUAUAUACAAGUGGGUAUUAUUUUAUAUAUCUCAUUGAAUUAAAUUUUUUUUUGUGUAAAAAUAAUUGAAAUCCGAGUAGAAAAGAAAUGAAUAUGUACCUUUCGAAAUUCAUGGGAGGAAAGAAUGAAAUAGAGAGACUGAGAGUAUGGCAUAUGGACUAUGGAGAUUGGAGUGCUCUUGAAAGAUUGAUUAAUAUUUUGUUUUAAUUUUAAUUAGAAAAAGCCAAUGGGUCCUUACUAUAAAUUCAAAAUGGUGAAAUGGAAAUUCCAAAAACUCCAACAGAUAUAUGGUGGACAAAAUAAUCAUUUUAUCUAUUCGCAUCCAAAUUCAUAUUCAACGAAAAAAUUGUUGACUCUUCGUAAAAGUUAGUAAAAUAUAUCAUACACCUAAUUAACCUUUAAACUACAUUUUCCCAUGACAAAUAGAUGAAAGAAUUGUUUUGUUAUAUCAUAAUAUGUAUGGGGUUGUUGUAACAUAUUAUUUGGGAGAGACCUUAUGCAAGGUUUGUAAUGGCAGGUCGGUGAUGGGCAAUAUAUUGAUGUCUUCUAUGAUAGAUAGAAUCCUUCGAUGAAACCAGCAACUCCAGUGGUUCAUAUAGCUAAUGCUAAUAAUUUGCUAAGAGUUUCUUUUUCUAUCAGACAAGGUGCGCUGGAUUGGCAUGUUCCAAGGUGAAAGUAUUGUUUUGACCCUCAAUCAGUUAACCUUAUAUGCAAGGUGACCCUCCUCAUCUCCCUCAAAAGGACUUUCGAAUAUGACACUUUAAUAAAAAUGGUAAAUACUAUGUGAAGUCGAGAUAUCAUUUGUCCUAGAAGGUAUUCUUGCUCCUAGCUGAAAGUCUUUUAUUUGGAUUCGAAUAGAUAAAAGACAAUGUCUGAAAGUGGUCAUGCCUCCAACACUAGCGCUCCAAACCCGGGGAGUAAACUGCCUGACUCGAUGCCUUAUUUGAUGGAUGGAUCAUGAGAGUAUUGACCAUUUGUUCUUUCAUUAUCCCAAGACCAUCCAACUAUGGUCUUUUGUGGGUUUAAGCAUCGUGCUUGUUUCAGUCGCGAUGAUGAAUUUCAACCUAAGGUGCAUCAAGUUGUGCUUAAAUAGCAAUCUCAAACCCUUAUUCUCUAGUUUAUUUGUCUUUUGUGGAGAAUUUGGAAAUCUAGAAAUAAAAUGGUAUUUAAAAA